CUGAGCUGCACAACCUGCUCCCCCUCAAAAUAGUCCUCCGCGUACAUCCACAGCCCUGCUUUACUUAUCUACAGCUGGAAGAUGAAUUAUUGGCUCUCUGCGAUUUUAUUUGCAGCAGUGUAAUAGUUAAAUCAGUGCCGAAUGCGUUAUUUGAUGUGGUGUGUGGUGCCUAAGCUUGAACAGUCCUCUACAGUGAGAAGAUGGCGUCGGACGGAGCGAAAGGGGAGCAGCCAGCUCCGCUACAAACACUGGUAACCACUGGCCAUGGAAGCGUCGAGGCGAAAUGUGAGUUGAACAUCGACAACCUGAGCAAACCAGAGCUCCUGACCCUUUUGAGUAUCAUGGAGGGAGAACUUGAGGCCAGAGACCUGGUCAUUGAAGCUCUUAGGGUUACCUCCACCUUAUCCUCAUCUUUACUCUCGAUACCAUGCAAUGUGUUGAAUGUUGCUCCUGACCCCCAUGAUGGACAGAUAAAGUAGCACAUAAGGAGGAGGAGGGACGGCACAGCCUCUGUGAUUAUAGAAGAGAUUUGUGAAAGCCUAGAGGAAAGUGCCAGAUGGCUGAGAAUCUCAAAGCCCUCCAUUCUCUAUCUGCCAUGACACACAGACAUUUCUCCAGCCUCCAGACUCCCAUCUCUUUAGAUCUCUCACUCUCUCUCAUGCUUUCAGUCUUUCCCUCAACCCCCACCUCACUCUCUUUUCCUCUAGACUUUGCAAUGUUUACUAGCUCCUUCACAGUUGUCGGUCAGAAUAACAGGAGUAUGUUUUAAUUUCCCUGUUUUCUCUUUCUGCUUUGCUCAUGCUGUGCU